UCGUUUUUCAAAUUUAAUUUAUUGGUAACUAGGUAGCUUUGUACAGAUUUUUCUCCGCUUAAGAUUUGUGAUACAGGUCAUGUAUCAUCGGAAUUAGAGAUUUAACGAAAGAAAAGCGAUUUCGUGAAUCCUCUACACCAAAUAUAUAGGUAUAUAUAUAUUAAUUUUCGAACGUUAAAUUUAUCAUUGCGUGCAAUGUGUUCAAACAACGGUUAUUUCCCAUUAUUCCUUUGGAAGAGAAAACACAAUACAACGCCAUCUCUUUGCACUUAGGUGCAUUACUAUGGUGCAUAUGACAGUGCAGUUGAUAAAGUCUGACCUACAGAGCUGGCUGUGAACGUUGACUGAAUCUUCAGUCACCGUUGUGAGUCUAGCAGGAUCCUAGCAGGUUCCCAGCUGAUACUGAGCAUAUUGUAGAGGUCACCUUGAGCAGGUGUAAGGAGUUGACAAUUGUUGACAAUAGAUUAGGUAUAAAGUUGAAAACUGAAACUUCACAGAUGGCACGUCAGGGUGCACAGAGUCUAGUUUGAACUUGAAACCUUGUGAAUAACAUCGGACUUGUUUGAAUUUGAUACGGUUGAAUGGUUUUGUCGUUUGUACAGGUUUUUUCAAACGCGUGAAAUUUGAUCCUUUCUCGAUAGCGUAAUUCUGAAGCAGCUUGUAGCCAGUGUGAGUUUACUGGCAAAUCCUAAUAAAUUAGUGAUGUUUCCGGUGGAGAUCUUAGAGAUUUUGUUCAAAUAUUCAGACGGCGCUGAUAUAAUAAAUUUCCGCGGUGUAUGCAACACAUGGAAUGAAAUCAUCGUUAAACUAUCAAAGGAUACGAAUUUGUGGCGAGUGAAAUGCGAACGUGAAAUAUCUAUUUGCAAUCGCAAAUCUAUACAUGCAAAAUUGUAUCCCAAAAUGAGCUGGCUUGAAUUACAUCAAUCAGUAGACAAUUUGAUAUGGCUUACAAUAUAUCAAUCAUGGUUGAGGUGGUGUAGACUUCAGAAAUCCGAGUUCUCCAAAGAACAGUUUGAACCAUUCUUCAUUGGGCUUCCAUUUGUUACAAUUACCUGCCUUUCAGUUCUCGAAAAUCUACUAGCAGUUGGAAGCUCAGAAGGAUUCAUCACUUUUUACAACAUUGAUGGUUCAACAACAGAACCAAUUUUCAUUGCAGACCAAAAGGAGUAUGUUUCAACAGUGGAAUUCCUGAAAGAAUGGAGAGGAAGAGAAAUUGAAGCCAUUUCUCUAUCGAACAUGCACAGAAUGAUGUUGUGGAACAUCACUACACAAGAAGUCAUCAGCAGACAAACAUAUGGAAAAUUCAUGAGAAUAUUUCACUGCUGUAGUACUACCAACACGCGUAUCUUGAGGGCAAUAGGGUCCCAGCUUACUGUCCAGGAAAACAACAAAGAGAGAACUUACGACUUCGUCCGGCAUAAUGGCACAAUCGUUGCACUUGCAACUGAUGGUGAACAGGCACUGCUAUGGACAGAUGUAGGCUUCACAUAUGAAAUAGACUUGAAUAAUACAGAUUCAGAGUAUGUAGAGCAGUAUGUUAGACCCCCUUUAAAAAGAGUCCGCCAAUACUAUUUAUUUGGACAUUGGGUUUCUAUGUGCAUUACUGAGGACGGUAUUCUGGGAAUCUCUGUAAACCACAAACCCUGGAAGAUGUAUAAUAUUCUUCCAUAUCUUCAUGGAUACCCCACAUCUCUUCUUUAUUAUGCCAGUAUGCUAGUCUUGGGAUUAGAUUCAGGUUCCAUGCACAUCUAUCACGUUAAAGAUAUUGCAUCUUUGACCAACCAGCACUUUUGCUCAAGUAACUCGAAGGCCAUUAUCAUUGAUAACCAGGCGAUAAUCCUAUUAGACAUAAUGGAACGUCCUGGUAAACAAUACAUGAUUGCUGCUACUAGUGAGAAAGUAACCAUCAUAAAAUUUAGGGAUUUGAUGAGCAAAUAACUCUCGAAAAAUCUCCCAUA